GAAGAAAAGGGAAAAUUGAAAAUCUGCAGGAAAAUUGUUGGCAUCUGCAAGCGAUUACAGAACCGUUAUGGGGAAGAACGGCAGAUUCCCGGGCGUGAGCGAGGAGGUGCAGAAGCUGGUUGAUGCGGAAAUGGACUUCGUAGAUGCCAGGCGUCGUGCUCGCGAAGCUUUUAAGCAGAUUCAGCUCUCAGUCGACCAUGUUCUGUUCAAGACUCCUUCUGAAGGUUUAAAGAUGGAAGAGUCUUAUGAGAUUAAUUCAAGAGGACUAGAAAUUUUUUGCAAAAGUUGGCUUCCAGAGACACCCAAAGCAGUGAUAUGCUUUUGUCAUGGUUAUGGAGAUACUUGCACAUUUUUCUUUGAAGGUGUUGCACGGAAGUUGGCUAAUGCUGGAUAUGGAGUUUUUGCCAUGGACUAUCCUGGAUUUGGUCUUUCAGAAGGUCUUCAUGGCUAUGUACCAGAUUUUGACAAACUAGUUGAUGACGUCAUUGAGCAUUACUCAAAAAUUAAAGAAAAUCCAGAACUACAUGGUCUUCCAAGCUUCCUUUAUGGUGAAUCUAUGGGUGGAGCUGUAGCUCUGAAGGUGCACCUGAAACAGCCAGAUUCAUGGAGUGGGGCUAUUCUUUCCGCGCCUAUGUGCAAAAUUGACCAAGACUUGGUUCCACCAUGGCUGUUAACACAAGUUUUAAUCGGCGUGGCAAAAUUUCUACCUAAACAGAAGCUCGUUCCUCUAAAUAAUUUGGGUGAUUUGGCAUUUAGAGAAGCAAAUAAACGGAAGCAGGCAGCCUAUAAUAUCAUUGCGUAUAGGCAUAAACCACGUUUGAGAACGGCCUUGGAAUUAUUGAAGACUACCAAAGAAAUAGAGGAGUCACUAGAAAAGGUCUCAUUACCAUUAUUAAUCUUGCACGGGAAGAAAGAUUUAUUGACUGAUCCAUCAGUAAGCGAAGCAUUAUAUGAGAAGGCAAGCAGCAGUGACAAGAAGCUUAACCUUUACCAGGAGUCGUACCAUUGCCUGCUUGAGGGUGAGCCAGAUGAGAUGAUCCAAAAAGUCUUUGACGACAUGAUUUCUUGGCUGGACGAGCAUACUAAGGCACGUUAAUUGUUCCUUUUCACUUUCUUUGUGCACUUUUGCUAUUUUCUUGGGACAAGAAAGAUGGGAUUUGGGGCAGGCAAUGGCAUCACAUCUUUUGUUGUAUAUGGAGUACUUUGUAUUAUACUAGUAAUUUAUUUUCUUUGAUUAGAACAUAGAAGUCUCUGUAUUUCUGGGGCUGGUAAUAAGGUCUACUACAUACAUCUUGUCCCUAGUCUCUAUAUUCUUUGGUUUGGUUUGUUUUGUUUAAAUUCUUUGGAAGGAGUUGCGAAAGAUGCAUGCUCGAAAUAAUGUACAAGCUUUUGUUGUAAAGUUCAAACAUUUGAUAGAUAUAUUGUGUUUAUAUAAAGAGAACAUUAACUGUCUUGGAGAGCAUAUCAUUUGGAAUAAAGAGCAUUUUGAGGU